AUGGCUUCUUCUCAGGUCUCAGGAAUAGAGGUACGCGAGGGCAACCCUCCAACACCUCUGGGACCCAUGAACAGACUUCCUCCAGAAAUUCUGUCGCACACCUUCGAGAUAUUGCAGGGCCCCGUCCCUGUCGAGCAGCCUUGGCCUGUUUUCACGCAAGUGUGUCGAUGGUGGCGUUCCGUGGCGCUCGCCCAUCGACCUCUAUGGUCGCGCAUCGACAUGACGAAGCCCAAACUCACGAGAAUAUCUUUGAGGCGAUCCAAAUGCGCCCCCCUUCAACUCCAUUGCGACGACAUCGAGGGGUCCGGUAACUUCCACUUGCCCGUAUGGAAAAACAUCGUCCAGCGUCUGGCCCGGGUUAACGAACUACAUCUACACUUGCAAAGCGAGACCCAGAUGCUGUAUAUCUUCAAUAUCCUGAUCGAAGACAGCAAGAUUCCGGCUCCUCACCUCGACAUCCUAGAGAUCGAGCUCCAAAGACUCAUGGAUUUGCAAGAACCAAUAUUUCUAUUCAUGGAUCGAGCUGUGCCAUGUGUACGACAUCUGAGGCUAAAGAAUUUCGAUACUUUCCCAUGGCGCACUACAUCGCCCUUCUCGCGGUUGUUAGCUCUUGAUCUGGAAUUGGAAUCUCUCUGGGCAGAUUCUGAUUCCCUGGACAUAUCUGCUCUUCUGUCCAUGCUGGAAAUGGCGCCGAGUCUCGAGAGCCUUCGCAUCGAGUCCCAUUUCGUCCCGCUACUCGGCGACCCGGGCGACAAAAUUGUGGACCUGCCUAAUUUGCACCACGUCGACCUCUCUUGGAGCUCUGCAAAUAUUGUCGUACUACUAGAGCAUCUUCGCUAUCCACUUGCAGCGACGGUCAUUUUGGCGGGCGAGGAUUCGUUUGCCCACGGCGCGUGGAGUAUUGUGGAAAUCUUGUUCCAACAAUUGACGGAGGAUACGAUGGAUCCGCCAUACAAGCUAUCUAUCAAGAUCGAUUCGGAAUCGUCGCUCUAUAUGCAGGCUUGGGGCCAAGCUGGUGUCCCUCUUUGGGAUCUUACCUUGGAGAACCUGCCCCCGCGCCAGGAGACACUCAUCUCUUCCCAAAUUCUGCCCUUCUUUUCGACCGCUAGCGUCCUCUUCCUUUCGAUCUCUAACGGAGACGUGGAUGACUACCUGCGGCUUCUUCGACCGCUGCCAGAGUUGGAGGAGCUGCAUGUUACGACGCUCAUGCGGCGGCCAACGUUCUGCGAUCCGACGAUUAUGCCAUUCCUCCCACAAUUAAAGAUGCUGGAGCUUCAAUGCGAUGUACCAGAGUCGUACGACACCCGCACACUGAGGUAUAUCCGGUGUGUGGUCGCCGCAUACAUCGAACACAAGCGCCUCCAUGGUUCAUUGGGGAGCCUAGUCAUUGCUCCCAGCGAAAACUACAGGUUUUCCCGCGCAGUAUUUCGCGAAUUAUUAGAACACACAGACCUCAGCUGGACAUUGAAGACAGGAAAGCUGAUUGGAACUCGCGCUCGGGCCUCGAGCUGA